AUGAAGGAGGUCAGGCCCGACGAAGCCCUCGCUGACCAAGAAUUCGGCAGCGGUCUCCGAACAGGACCAUUGUUAGGAGGCAUGGCUGUCGGCAUCGUCCUCUCCUUCGAAGGGUCGCCGAAGGCAGGGCAACCACGUUCCGACAAGUUCCUCGCCCACCUUACUGAGGGGCACAUGAAAGAGACUUUCGAAUCUCUCCAAGAGCAGGUGGAAGAAGCCAGGCGCAGGCAUCAUGUCAGGAGUAUCGAGGUCUGGCUGUGCUACCGUAAUCCUGCCAGUCUUUGGGACGACGACGAUAUGAUCUGGAAUUCGCAGAUGCUAUAUGGCGAGUGCGAAUUGAUCGAAGGAAUCAUAGAAAAGACCAAGGCUCUGAGUACUUUUGUGCAGCUUCACUCUUAUCAUGUCCUUCAGAAAACUGACAUGUGUGUUACCGAGGAGGGUAAAAUUCGGAUCCGGAGGCUAUAG